GUGUUGUUUCUGUUCUGAUGGCAGCUGCUGCACAAUGACCAUCCCAUCAACAAUCAGCAAUCGUUUGAUCCUACGGCUAUACCGGGACCUGCGCCGGUACGGCUCCCAGCUACAGUUUACCGAUCAGGAGUACUUCCUGCAGCGUGUUCGACGCGAGUUUGAUCAGCAUCGGGACCUAAGCGAUCCCAAGAAGAUUGAGUUUUGCUACAAGAGAGGAAGAGCCCUUCUCGAUCAGGCUCGAGUAGUUUAAGGGCGUCACGUCAGUCAUGUUCACUCUACACAGAAUGACUUCCCACUUC